AUGCCCCUAACAAUAAAGCAACUCAACCUUGCGGAGAAGUAUUCGGUGUUACCUCCAAAGGUGAACGAUCCCGGCGUGGUGGUCCGCGGGCUGCAAGAAGUCCCGGUGCCGAGCCUUCGGCAUGCGGAAGAGGCUUGGCAGCAUGGUCGACACCAACGUGUCACUGCUGCCACCGGCAUGAAUGACCGCAGCAGCCGCUCGCACUGCAUUUUCAUGCUCCGCGUGACCCGCCCCGGCCGGCCCUACGGGGACAAGCUGAGCAUCGUAGACCUGGCAGGCUCCGAGUGCAUCAAGAAGACCUGCGUGCCGGGCAAGUCCCAUGCUGCCAACAAGGAGACCGUCGAAGAGGCCAAGGCCAUCAACCAGAGCUUGUCGACGCUGGGCCUGGUGAUCAACCGCCUGGUGAAGUUGCAGAGCACGAGGAGCGGUGACAUCCACGUGCCGUAUCGGAGCUCCAAGCUGACCCGGGUCUUGCAGGACAGUUUGGGAGGAGGCUCAAGAACCGCCCUCACCAUCAACUGCUCCAUCUCCUCCCUGCAGGUUGCUGAGACGCUUUCAACUCUUCGCUUCGGCACACGAGCCCGGAUGUGCGUGAACACGGCGCCAUCCAGCAGCUGUGAGGAGCCGAUGCUCUUGAAGACCCUGCGAGCAGCACGCCAGGAGCUGCAACGCCUGCAGGCGCGGGCCCUCUACUCCUGCGAUGACGGCGACUCGGACGGGACGCCCUUCUCAGGGCUUUCGGCGCUGUCCCUAGAGCAGGAGUCCGUCAGCACCCUGGACUUCUCACCAGAGCCCGCGCUCCCGGGCGGCCACCGCUCCCGCUUCGCGCCUUAUGGGAUGGAGCUGAGCCUGGUUCAGGAGGCAGACUGUGAAACCGAGGAUCUCUCAAUUCCUUGCCGCUUAUCGCUGGCGACGACGCCCCACCAGGCGGCGCUGAGCCUUCCGCGGCCUCCGCGGACCUCCAGCCGCCGGGCGUCGCGGCGCUCGCGGCGGACCUCGUGCGGCUCGAGAGGAAUCUUGGCGAAUGGCGUGUCCUUUGUGGAAGGCCUCGAAACCAGCGCCGCCUGGGAGCAUCCCCUCACCAUCUCUGAGAAGCGCUCAAGGCUGGUUGCCAUCCUCACCAAGGAGGUGACCUGCGCGGAGAAGGAGUCUUCGGCGGCGCAGGAUCUGGCGGCGGAGUUGCGGCAGCGCUGCGAAGGUCUGCAGGCGGAAGCCGAGUGGCUCCGGGCAGAGCGUGAUAGCUACAUCAUGGAGUCCAACAAUCACUGCCAAACUGUACAGGAACUCACCGCCUGCUGUGCAGCACUCUAUGUUCAGGCCUUGAUGAGCCGCGUCCAGGGCAAGGGGCCGAAAGGUGCAAAUGCGAUGGCUGGAGCCGAAGCAGAGGCAAAGCAGGCAUUACAGGACGCAAGGGCCAAGACAGCUGCUUUGGAUGAGGAGAAGCAAAGUUUGCAAGAGCAUGCAAGGGAGCUUGAGGCCGCUAUGUCAAAGCUGCAUCUUCGCUUUGACGAAGAGACUGCUGAGAGGAAGCGGCUAGAGAUGCAAGCGACUGAGUCAGCAGAGCGCUGCAAGGCCGCUGAGACAGCAGUGCAGAACCUGCAGCAAGCAGCAGACAGUGCGCGGCGUGGUCAGGAUUCAGAGAAAGACCAGUUGAGCACUCGGGCUGCAGAUCUGCAGCACACUGUUGACAAGCUGCAGCAGCAACUAGAGGAAGAGCGCUCAAGUCAUCAUGCUCAGCUGCAGCAAACAUUGCAAGCGGCUGAUGCCGAAGCAGAGGAACAGCACGCAUUGCAAGAGGACUCAAAGGCCAAGACAGCUGCUUUGCAUGAAGAGAAGCAGAGUUUGCAAGAGCAGGCAAGGGAGCUUGAGGCCGCUAUGUCACAGCUGCAGCUGCGCUUUGACGAAGAGACUGCUGAGAGGAAGCGGCUAGAGAUGCAAGCGGCUCAGUCAGCAGAGCGCUGCAAGGCCGCUGAGACAGCAGUGCAGAACCUGCAGCAAGAAGCAGACAGUGCGCGGCGUUGUCAGGAGUCAGAGAAAGACCAGUUGAGCACUCGGGCUGCAGAUCUGCAGCACACUGUUGACAAGCUGCAGCAACUAGAGGAAGAGCGUUCAAGGCAUCAUGCUCAGCUACAGCAAAGAUUGCACGCAGCUGUUGCCGAAGCAGAGGAACAUCAUGCGUUGCUGGAGGAUGCAAGGGCCAACACAGCUUCUUUGGGUGAGGAGAAGCAAAGUUUGCAAGAGCAGGCAAGGGGGCUUGAGGCCGCUAUGUCACAGCUGCAGCUUCGCUUUGACGAGGAGACUGCUGAGAGGAAGCGGCUAGAGAUGCAAGCAGCUCAGUCAGCAGAGCGCUGCAAGGUGGCUGAGACAGCGGUGCAGAACCUGCUGCAAGAAGCAGACAGUACACGGCGUGGUCAGGAGUCAGAGAAAGACCAGUUGAGCACUCGGGCUGCAGAUCUGCAGCACACUGUUGACAAGCUGCAGCAGCAACUAGAGGAAGAGCGUUCAAGGCAUCAUGCUCAGCUACAGCAAAGAUUGCACGCAGCCGUUGCCGAAGCAGAGGAACAUCAUGCGUUGCUGGAGGAUGCAAGGGCCAAGACAGCUUCUUUGGUUGAGGAGAAGCAAAGUUUGCAAGAGCAGGCAAGGGAGCUUGAGGCCGCUAUGUCAAAGCUGCAGCUUCGCUUUGACGAGGAGACUGCUGAGAGGAAGCGGCUAGAGAUGCAAGCAGCUCUGUUAGCAGAGCGCUGCAAGGCCGCUGAGACAGCAGUGCAGAACCUGCUGCAAGAAGCAGACAGUACACGGCAUGGUCAGGAGUCAGAGAAAGACCAGUUGAGCACCCGGACUGCAGAUCUGCAGCACACUGUUGACAAGCUGCAGCAGCAACUAGAGGAAGAGCGCUCAAGGCAUCAUACUGAGCUACAUGAAACACUGCAAGCGGCUGGGGCCGAAGCAGAGGAACAGCACGCAUUGCAAGAGGACUCAAAGGCCAAGACAGCUGCUUUGCAUGAAGAGAAGCAGAGUUUGCAAGAGCAGGCAAGGGAGCUUGAGGCCGCUAUGUCACAGCUGCAGCUGCGCUUUGACGAAGAGACUGCUGAGAGGAAGCGGCUAGAGAUGCAAGCGGCUCAGUCAGCAGAGCGCUGCAAGGAGGCUGAGACAGCAGUGCAGAACUUGCAACAAGAAGCUGACAGUGCACAGCUUGGUCAGGAUUCAGAGAAAGACCAGUUGAGCACCCAGGCUGCAGAUCUGCAGCACACUGUUGACAAGCUGCAGCAGCAACUAGAGGAAGAGCGCUCAAGGCAUCAUGCUCAGCUGCAGCAAACAUUGCAAGCGGCUGGGGCCGAAGCAGAGGAACAGCACGCAUUGCGAGAGGACUCAAAGGCCAAGACUGCUGCUUUGCAUGAAGAGAAGCAGAGUUUGCAAGAGCAGGCAAGGGAGCUUGAGGCCGCUAUGUCACAGCUGCAGCUGCGCUUUGACACAGAGACUGCUGAGAGGAAGCGGCUAGAGAUGCAAGCGGCUCAGUCAGAGCGCUGCAAGGCCGCUGAGACAGCAGUGCAGAACCCGCACCAAGAAGCAGACAGUGCACGGCUUGGUCAGGAUUCAGAGAAAGGCCAGUUGAGCACCCGGGCUGCAAAUCCGCAGCACACUGUUGAAGAGCUGCAGCAACUAGAGGAGGAGCGCUUGGAGUCAACGACAGCAGCUCAGUUCCGAGAGCAGCGCCACGCUGCUUUGCGCACUGAUCACUUGUCGCCGGAGUCCUUGGUGUUUCGAGGAGUGCAGCCCAAGAGGCGAAAGAUGGAGCGUUCGGCGAAGCCGCACGCCCAGCCUCUCAGAAACGAAGCCGAGCAAUCCUGCUACUACUGCCGCUCAUUUUUCUGGGCGCCUGGCACUGCUGGAAGGUGA